AUGGCCAGUCGUGACAAAAACGCUAAACAAGCGCUCGAAAGGCUACUCAACGUAACUGUUGAUAAUGAGAUGACAGUUGGCUUACAUAAGGCUAGUAGUGAUGGUUCUAAUAUAUCGCCACAAUCGCCAGUCUCUGCCGAUUUGGACAGUUCUAAGCGGUGUUCACGACUUCGCACAGCCUUCACGUCCACACAAAUCGUUCACUUGGAGUAUGAAUUCAAUAAAAAUAUGUAUUUAUCACGUCUUCGAAGGAUAGAAAUCGCACACUAUUUAGGAUUAAGUGAAAAACAAGUUAAGAUAUGGUUUCAAAACAGACGAGUAAAACAGAAAAAGGAAGUAAUUGUCGACAACACGGGUAGUAUUGAUACAGAACUAAAAAGUGGCAAAAAGGCAUCGGGGGUACAAACAUGCAAAUGCCGGUGCGCUCACAGUGUUAUGGAUGGGGACAGCAGUGGUGACAGAAUCGGCGGCGAUUGUGACGAAGGCAUUGUGUGCAGCAGUACUGGCAUUACAUCCAAUACUAUGGCCUUUAAUAUUACGGCCAAUAGCGCUAAUAAUGGCAUUAAUAGUUAA